GUUUUCAAUUUAACAUUAACUAACAGUGUUUGUCUAUUAGUCCUCAAUAUGGAAAUUAUAAGUGAUUCAGGAGAAAUCCGCAAAGAAAUUAUAGAUGUUAUAAUCAAGAAGACGAAAUGUAGUACCCAACUUAAUAUACAUGGUGCGAUAUUUAUUUCGACAGACCAGAAAACGAAUGUGAUCCAUUUAGCGGAUAGAGUAAUUUAUAAUGAAGGAAAAACACAAACUUGUCCUCGAAAUGUUGAAAAUACACUCGACAACUACGCGUAUGUAUCUAUGAAUCCCUAUGAAGAUGGUUUGUAUUGUCAACCAAGAAGUAUGUCAUACCAAAAAACAAAAUAUGCUUUGGUUUCAAAGGGUUUGCAAAGUCAUCCAGAAAAAGAGGUUUGUGAUGGAUAUACAAUUAAUGAUAACGCAAUCUCGUCUGACGAAGUUGAAUUUGAUGAGCAAAACGUAGACGAAAAGCAUGAUCAAGAGGACAAAGAUUUAUCACCUUUUCCGGUAAAAAAUCUAAGUUCUACCAUUAGAGCUGGAGUACGUAAAACAAGUCGACGACCGUUGGGAGGAUCCGGAGGUAGAAGAUACGGAAUUACUUUUGAAUGUGAAAAUUGCUUUCUAACUUUUACUCGAUCUACGUCAUUGUUAAAACAUAAGGAAAGGUGCAAAACAAAAAAAAAUGAAGAAGAGAAAAGUUCUGAGGACGAAAUGGCACAUUUAGAUUCUCCGACUUCAACCACAAGUAAAUGGACAACUCCUCCGGAUCCGGGAAACAUUAGUUUUUUUGAAGGAAACUCUUGGAAUUUGUCAAAAAUGAGUUCUCUGCCUACACCCAGUGCAAGCUCUCAUUCCUCAGCAGGUUUUUCAAGUUCACCAUACUCGGCAAGAAAUAAGAUAGAAAAGAAGUCAGUUACAUUUAAUGAAAAUACUGCUGUAUUUUAAAAAAAUUUUCUCUUUUAUUUUAAAGUGCUUUUAAGCUUUAUAUUGAUAUAUCAUAUAUUUCCGUUUGCGUUUUAUAGACUGGUAUAUAGCCAUUUAAUGAAUUAAUUUGCCUAGCAUGGUCUUUUUCCCUGAUUUGCUUUCUCCUUCUCGAGCAUAAGCUAGAACACACUCCCAAUGUGAGAACUGUGACCUCUGUUAUUGUUAUCACACUAACACCAGCCCAUAAUCCAAAUGUUCCGCCAACAUCUGACCAUAAGUUUGCCAAUGCGUAAGAUGGGACUUGAGCUCUCUUUCGAGCAGUCAGUUUUCUAUAAUUAAUAUUUAAUCUAAGGAAGUUACUUCUAAUCACGUUACUACGUAACAAACGAUUUUUAAAAUCGAUACUCCUUAAGGUAGUGAAAGAUUUUAUUUGACUUUUGUCGCGACGUUCUUUUACGUAUUUUUCGUAAAAAGAGGCCUCUGUUUUAGCCAAAGGCCAUUUGCUUUGACUAAUUAUUGGAAAGUAUUCUACACUUUCACAAGAGGGAGCGCAUGAGCAUCUGGACCUAUCGAAAAAUGCAUCAAUCCUCUUAGAUACCUCUGUUUCACAUUCAAGCCGAUGAAAAUAAUUUUCAGUUGACUCGUUUGGAUCAUAUUGUCCACAAAACGGAAUUUCCUUCUCGGUAUUAGUGAUCGGCAGAAAAGGAGUUUUGCAACCGCACUUCUUAACAUAUAUCAUUUGAAUACAAUAGUCUAGGCACAUUGUAAACGGAACUUGAUAGCCAAACAUUGUAGUUUUUAUUUCUUCAGUACAGUUACCAUGGGGAUUUGAUAAACGAGUGAUAAAUUCUUGCUCAAGACUUAUCGUAGUAGAAUGCCCAGGUAGCACAUCGAAACCAUCACCUGUUGGAUCGGCUACUUCAGAUGGUGCAUGUAUCGAAACUCUUGCACCGGCUGAAUUACCAAUAGUGCUGAACGCAUUGUAAACUUCGGGAUGCACACUUCCAUUCGUUGCUUCGAGAAAAAGGAUCAAUGAUAGGCCAUAUUGUGCUCCCGAUCUUGUGACACGCAAUGGUUGCUUCGGUCGAUAUAUAUAACAAUUAAAAUAGGAGGGGUUUGUAAACGCGACAAAAUCUUCCUUUAAGUUACAUUCUUUUCUGCUAGCUCCAAAUUGGCAAUGAACAACGAAGUCAGGAAGAGAGUGACCUGCUCGCCUGAUUUCUUCUUCACCAAUAUUUUCGUAGAAUGCAUGCCAACUUUGUACACGAGCAGUUAGAUGAGAUUUAUUAUAAGUUUUAGCCAAAGUAUCAAACUGUUCCCUUUGGAAAACGUCAUAUUUGUAUGUUCGUGAACUUUUAUUGCUUAAUAGUUCAAUGAUAUUCGUCGAAGACAUAGGAUCAAUGUUACAUAUAGUUAUAUGCGGAAACUCGGCAUUCUCAUUAACUAUUGUGCUUGAUUCCGUUGCCUCAUAUUUAAAAUAUUGUACAAAUAGCAAAAGGGAAUGGGUCAUAUUGCCUAUUACCGCUACGAUAAAGAUAACCAUCCAAAAAAUUCUUUUGGGACACGAAGAUUCCCGAAUAAAUUGAGCUAAGCCGUGGGCCGAGGUAGUCCGACAAAAUAUUUCAGCUUUCCGACGAAUAUCGUUUUUAGACCGUCUUUGCUUCAUUACGAUGCCAUCAAAUCAUUUUCUUUGAUAUCAUGCAUUAGAAGCUUUAGCAGAAAUACAAUUGUUUAAAUUUUUCACUUGAUAUUUUGAAGAUCCGAGACUAAAUAGUUGUCUUUAUUAUUCUUACCCUAUAGUGCAAAUUUUGACUUCGUUAGAAAUUUUUGAUUACAUUUGUAGCCGAUUACAGUUGGUUUCCUUCUUCAGUGACAUGCAUAUCUCGCUUCCGGUAAGGAGACUGCUUAAUGUUAUAACCUAAUUCCGACUAAUACCUUGUAAGAAAAAUCGGUUUUACUGAUUACGUCUAUUCAAAAGGAAAGCUAGAGAAAACUUAGAAAUUUUGUGUGUCGUCGAGUAAUUUUUCUUUUACCACAAAUAUAUUUAAGAGUGGUCUAAAAAGGACUAACAAAAAGUAUUCUUACCUAUAUAGCUGAAAAACGAUACGGUGAAGGAAAAAAUCGAAAGAAAAAAAAAUUUGACAUUAUGCUCAGGCUUUUGCAGUCUUUUGGCAAGCAAACAAGCACAAGUGGUCACAUGACCCUGUCGAAUACCAAUCGGCAUAACUUGAAACCAGCAGAGAGCGAAAAAUGGCACAAAAUAUUAUAUAUUAUGCUCGACAGAAUAGAGAUUUGUAAUUUUUCUUGUUAUAAAAUCUAUUAAGCGAUUCUUUUAUGGUGAUCGUAGUUUUUUUGGCAACUUCUUAUUGCAAAAAAAUGUCGGUAAUAAAAAUUCGUUUAAGAGCAAUUUCCUACAAGUAAACAUACUGCAUAUUUAUUUAUCUUUGAUCCGCCAAUAUUUACCUUCAACAAUCAAAAGCAUUUUCUACAAUCCAUUAAUAAUAUGUCUUAAUCGAGCUUUUAAUUUAUUGUCAUAAUUACGACAAAAUAUAUAUGAAAGAAGUUUAAAAUUUUAUCUUAAGUUUAAUAGAUAUUCAGUUUUUC